AUGGAAGAAACACAAAAAGGAACGCGCAUAGGGCCGCUGCCUGGGGGUCGCCGGGGCGCGUCUGGAGCUGGCGCUGGACGCGGCAGCAUGCGGGCCGCCAGCCGAGCUCGAGGAGCUGCACGAUCACCUAGCAGCCCCUCGCAUCCAUCAUCCCCACCAGAAGGCUUGGUGUCGGCUGGGUCUUCUCGGACCCAGCAAGCGGCACCCGCCGCUGGUGGAGCACGUCGCAUGCGUUGGACAAAAUCCAUGAACGAAAACGCAUUGCGGGCGUACUAUAGGGCGAAAGGGGAAGAAACUGUGGGAAUAGCGUAUAGGUCUCGGAUGCAUUGCUUUUUUGCUGAGCUGGAGCCGUCUAUCCCCGUCACGGAACAAAACCUGGCAGACCGAGUUCGGUACAUCAUGCGCUCGAAAAUAUUUGAUGAUGCCGAACUCGAACGACUACGACGUGAGGCUAUUCCGUCGUCGAAUGAAUCGGCUAUGGCUGGAGAUGCAGCUCCACAUUCGACAGACCAGCAUCCACACGUGGAAGCCGCCAUGGAUCUUCCAGUUGUGGUUGAUUCGAACUACGAUGAAAUAGUCUCCCACGAACUAGAGCAAAUGAGGAGUAUAUUGGAAGAGGCGAUUUUGGAAACGCGCAGCACCCCUCUCGAAAAUCGACCGCGACUUCCCCCGCAUACCCUUAAGCAAGCGAAAUCGGGCUGUCGUGAGGGCUCUUAA